ACCGCGGUCCCGAUAAUCGGAGUAUCCUCAGUAUAAAUUACGUUAAAAUUCCCACUAUUUGAAUUUCGAUUUGUGGUACAAUUUUUAAAAAUUUGUUAUCGUUUGACCCUUGAUCUAUAAUUCAUCGUUUAUUUUAUUUACCCCUUAUAUAUUCAGAGAAAGUGCCUUCUAUGACACUUGACAACAGUAACUUUAUAUAACAACAAGACAGUUAUCAUCAUGUUUGAUGAUCAAAUCACAAGAGAUGAAAAUUAUUUCAUUCAAAACUUGGAACAUUCCCAUGAAAACCAACUAGACUAUAUUGGAUCUAUAAAUCAUGUGUCAGGGUCCUUGAAACAUACUGCUGAUGAUUAUUUAUCUAAGGAUUCAGAAGUAUUCAAAUUAAUGUAUGGUAGAGCUAAUGGUCCUGAUAGAUCAACUUCUUUUUAUACUCAAUUUCCUCGAAAAUCAACUAAUUUAGAUAGUGAAUAUCAUCAAGUUAAUCUUGAUCUGGAUAUUUUAAGUAGAUGGAUUCCUAGAAGUGUAUUAAAAGUCUUUAUCCCCGUUCUUUAUUUCGAAGAUAUGAGAAGAGAAGCUGAAAUGAAACGGUUAUCAAGGAAAAAUGGUAUGGAAUAUCUUAUGAUCGCUAGACCAGUUCCUACUAUGGCUGAACUUGCCAGUUGUGCAAACUUAAAGGGGAAAGGUUUAUGGGAUAGAAGUGGUACUUGGUUUUGUACAUCUCAAAAGACUCAACCUGAACCUGAUGAAUAUGGUCCAAAAUCAUUUUCAAGUUUUAAUUCUUGGAUAACUUGGGAUCAUAAUAUCAAUUUAAAGAUUGAAGAAGCCAAACAUAAUGAACAAUGGGAUGAUGUAAAGAAACUAAGAGAAAUAAAAAAUGUAUCCUUACCAGUAGGAAGAAAGUUUUAGAUUUUUAUAGAAUGUUAUUUACAAUUUUAAUGAUUAAUG